AUGAGAUCCCUGAAACACCUUAAACAUCACUCAAGGAACAAUGUGGAGGAGGAGAGUGGCCGCUUGGUGCGGACAUACCCAAAGAUGACUGAGAGCCAAGUGGAUGUGGGCACACAGACGGAGCCUGUGGUCGUGCUAUCUCUGGCUCAGGCUGCCGUUCUUGGCCUCAUCUCCCAGAAUGAAAUAUUUGGGGCCACUAUUGCUCCUAAUGGUUUUUACACAGGGGAGCCCAGAGAAUGCCCUCCUCCUCCACCGGAGUCAGUGGAGUAUGAGUAUGCUGACCAGCUGAUAGGAGCCAAUGGGGACUACCUGGCUGAGCCUGCUGGGGAGCCAGAGCAACAGCCCCACUGCAGUGAGAGAAGACGGCCCGGGCCCCGUGGGAGGACCAAGAGGCCCAGGAUUGAUGGGGAAUUAGAGGGUCAUCCGCACAAUGUACCCAGUCCACAGCCUCAGGUUAAAGGUGAAAGACUUGAGUCUGAUACCCCUCCUUCAUGCAUUCACAUGAACAGCAGGCGUAGUCCUGGCAAGACAGAGGACCCAGUCAUCCAGCAAGGUUCUCUGAAAGAGGAGCAAGUUUGUGGAAACUGUCCUUCAUGUGUGAGAGAUACGUCCAGGCCACAAGCAGAUGGACAGCCAGAGGCUGAACACGAUGAAAGCUCUGGUAGGGAAAGAGAGAGGAAAGAAGAAGAGUUAGUAGUAGAGGAAGAAGAAGAGGAGGCACUUAAUCUCAAGACCACUGGAGAAACAAGCAGUCCUGUGGAGAAUCGGUAUUAUGAUUCCAGUGAGGUGGCCUAUGAGUCCGCAGAUAUGGCAAUGCCAACAGAGUAUGAGGAGAACAACCAAGCCAUGCUGUGGUCAGACCCAGAAGGUCUCGCAAGACGAAUGCAGAUUGACCGACUGGACAUCAAUGUACAGAUCGAUGAGUCUUACUGCGUAGACGUCGGAGAAGGCUUGAAACGCUGGAAGUGCCGCAUGUGCGAGAAGUCAUACACAUCCAAAUAUAACCUGGUAACCCAUAUCUUGGGCCAUAAUGGAAUUAAGCCCCAUGAAUGUAUACACUGUGGAAAGCUUUUCAAGCAGCCAAGCCACCUCCAGACUCACCUGCUCACCCACCAGGGAACCCGACCUCACAAGUGUACCGUCUGUGAGAAGGCCUUCACACAGACGAGCCACCUGAAGAGGCACAUGCUGCAACAUUCAGACGUGAAACCCUACAGCUGUCGCUUCUGUGGCCGUGGCUUUGCCUACCCUAGUGAACUGAGGACCCACGAGAACAAACAUGAGAAUGGUCAGUGCCAUGUCUGCACCCAGUGUGGUCUCGAGUUUCCAACCUAUGCGCACCUGAAGCGUCACCUGACCAGCCAUCAGGGACCCACGACAUACCAGUGCACAGAGUGCAACAAGUCCUUCGCCUACCGCAGCCAGCUGCAGAACCAUUUGAUGAAGCACCAGAACGUGCGGCCUUACGUUUGCCCCGAGUGCGGCAUGGAGUUUGUCCAGAUCCACCAUCUCAGACAGCACGCUCUCACACACAAGGGUAUGAAAGAAUUCAAGUGUGAUGUCUGUGCCAGAGAAUUCACCCUGUCUGCCAACCUGAAGAGACACAUGUUGAUCCACGCCAGUGUGAGGCCCUUCCAGUGCCACGUCUGCUUCAAGACCUUUGUCCAGAAGCAGACCCUGAAAACGCAUAUGAUUGUCCACCUGCCGGUGAAGCCUUUCAAAUGCAAGGUGUGCGGAAAGUCGUUUAACAGAAUGUACAACCUCCUCGGCCACAUGCAUCUCCACGCUGGCAGCAAGCCCUUCAAGUGCCCUUACUGCACCAGCAAGUUCAACCUGAAGGGCAACCUGAGCCGACACAUGAAAGUCAAACACGGCAUCAUGGAUGCCACAAUAGAUGGACACGAACCCCCCCAAGAGACAGAAGGCCAGGAGGACUACGAAGAGGAGAGCUUUGAAUUCAGCGAGCGAGAAAACCGAGCCAACAACAACAACACGCCAGACAUCUCCAAACUGUCUCAAAUGGAGUAUUACAGCACCUAUGGGAAGAGUACAGGACGCUUCAGCACUGCGUGAAUUAUUAAAAUUGACCCCAAAUUGAAUAUAGGUGUGACCUAAUGAAAACAGGAUUGUUUUGUUUGUUUUUUUUAAUUUUGUUGUAAUUUUGCUGUUAAAAGUCAUAGUGCUUGGGCACCUCUUCCUGGAUGUGAAGAAGCCUAGCAGACUGCACAUGAGUAUGCACUGGAAUCACUCAUAAUGCUAGAAAAAAAAAAUGUAUACUUUUUUAACCUAAUUACAUAUUUUUCAUCUCUAAAACAUAAAAAAAUACAGAUAAAUAUAUUUGAAGGAAAUGGACAGCCUAAAAUAGGAGCAAAGGAUUAAAAAAUAUAUAUAUAUACAUUUGUAUAUGUUGUUAGUUGUUUAACAACAGUUACAUCAUCAGAGCCCAAUUUGAAAAGCACAAGCUCAGCUGUAACCAUUGGUGCACGUUAAUGUCACACUGCACAUCCUCAUUCAAGACAAUCCCGGUCGCGCUCUCUCUCUCUCUCUCUCUCUCUCUCUCUCUCUCUGCUGGGGUAAACUCAUGGGUUACAGAGGGAAACAGGUGUAGCUGUUCAUUUCACUUGCCAAAGCUAAUAAAGUUGCAGAAGUUAAUGAUUCACUUUGAUUUAAACUGUGAUAAACUGCAAAAUGACUGAAACGCCACUGGAUUUGCAAUCUGUUUUAUUGUAUAUUAUUGUACAGAAUGUAUCAGACCUCUAGUACGCUGGCUGGUACUGCAAUCAGUGCAUUGCACUGAGGACCACUGUGUCUACUUUUUACAUUUCUGCAUUAAUGAGCGUCACCCUGUAUUGAUCUCUAGUCUAUGAAUGUAACUGUUUCUGUGGAAUGUUAUAAGAUGCUAAUAAAAAGAAAAGAAAAUUACCCUUCUUUUUAAUGGUAGGAUCCCUUUUACCAAAGAAUUGGAUCAAAUCUUGCAGCUACUGGCGCCACUGGAUUAUUUUCCUUGUUGUUGUGUUGAGCUGGGACAUUGAAUUUCUUGGGGUCCAAUCACAGACCUCCAGAAAUUACAUUCAGGUUCCCCUCCCACCCAUCUGUAGAUCUUUUCAGAUUACCACAGAACAGACUGUGGUGCAGCAUCUCUUUCAGUAAACCUUACAGUUUUCCCUGAUCCAAGCCUUCACAAGACUGCAGCAUUUUUCAAAAGCAAACCCUGCAUUUGUAUUGCAGUUGUGUGCGCGCGUGUUUUUUGUUUUUUUUGUUUUCUCUUAAAUGGAUGAAUCUCAACAAGAAUUGUCCCCAAAAAACUCAGACAGAAAUAUUAAGUGCCCCAGUGUGCCUGCGAGAGCAUGCCAUCCAUCAUGCUGUACACUGGUCUCAAGUGAUGAACGACAACCUCCCAACAUGUGACAAGGCCGUGGACCUUGUGCAAAAUGAUUUGGAAAUGCUCAAUAUAUUCAGUUUCCCAGUGCUUAGCUUUUCAGACUUGUAACCUGCAAAUAAGGUAUCCAUUUGCAAUGUUGAUAUA